ACGAUCGGAUCGCGAUUGGACUCGUAAAUCGCAUCGCGACUUAGCCCCGUCGUGAAAAAAAAAAACGAUAACAUCGAGCGGCGUGUUUCAAAUCGCCGACCAUGAAGGAAAUCAUAUUAUUAUUAUUUUUGGUAAUACUCGGCCAGGUGGCCAUAAACGUUGCGAUGCCGCGAAUAAAUUACUCGACGCUACGGAGACAAAUACUGGAGUACGAGCAACGGAUGUCGAUAGGCGCUAAUCUAUCCUUGAACAACGUUGAAGCAGAAGCAAACAAGAUCCUGAUGAACGCGAAGAGGAAAGAACUCGACGCUGCGUUCAAGAACCCGUCACAGUUCACCCCCGGUCGAAACUUCAUAUCAGCGAAGAACGACAUCGACCGUUCGAAAGUAUUCCAAUUGCUUCGUCGUAUGCCAAAGGGCGCAGUGCUCCACGCACACGACACCGCGAUGGUCAGCUUCGACUACAUGUACCACAACGUCACCUUCUUCGAUGAUCUGUACAUCUGCGACAAGAAGGACAACAUCCGGUUGCACUUUUUCCGGGAACCGGACAAAGACUGCGACUGGGAGCUGCUGAAGAAGGUGCGCGAGGACCCGUCGCGCGCGCCGCGCGUGAACGAAAGUAUCAAAGAAGCAUUAACGAUGAGCAACAAAACCUCCAACAACAGUUACUCGGACAUCGACACGGCAUGGGGCAAAUUCAAUUCCAUUUUCAAAUUCGUGCAACCGCUGGUGACUUACAGGCCCGUUUGGGAGCACCAUUUCCUCAAGGCUCUCGAGGAAUUGUACCAGGACAACGUGAUGUACCUGGAGCUGAGGACCACUUUACCAGAGUUGUACGAUUUCAACGGCACCGUGUACGGACCGCGAGAUGUGGUUGGUAUCUACGAGAACCUCACCGAAAGGUUCAAGAAAGGUCAUCCAGACUUCGUCGGGGUUAAACUGAUCUACGCGCCUCGACGAUCCGUCGAUAAGCAACGGAUGAAAGAUUACGUGAGGACGCUGAAGGAAUUGCAACAAUCGUAUCCGAAAUUUAUAGCCGGAUUCGAUCUGGUCGGCCAGGAGGACAAAGGGAAGACUCUGAAAUAUUUUGCGGACGUAUUGAUGGAGGCGGAGUCAAAUACAAAGUUUUUCUUUCACGCGGGGGAAACGAAUUGGUACGGCAGGUCGACGGACGAGAACCUGGUCGAUGCAAUUUUGUUGAACACACGACGCAUUGGCCACGGAUACGCGUUGAUCUAUCAUCCGUUCCUCAUGGAAAUGGCGAAGCGAAUGGACAUCGCCAUAGAGGUAAAUCCGAUCUCCAAUCAGGUGUUGAAGCUCGUCGAUGAUUUGAGAAAUCAUGCUGCGAGACGAUUGUUCGCCGAGGGAUAUCCGGUUGUAGUUUCGAACGACGAUCCUGGAUUUUGGAACGCAAGGGCCCUCAGUUACGACUUUUACGAAACAUUUAUGGCACUCAUGUCGGAUCAUUCCGAUCUGAAAGGACUCAAGCAAUUAGCCAUGAAUUCCCUCAUUUACAGUAGCAUGAAUAAUACCGAGAAGAAUAUGGCGAUGACUCUUUGGGAGAACAAAUGGGACAGCUUCGUGGAAGAUGUAGCCCGUGAUGGGCAUUAGGAUCACAGACCAGGAGACUGAUUACUAUAAUAUACAUAUAUACAUCCAAGGGCAGUGUAGUUUAAAAACUUUAUGCGCAAAUAAGUAAAAAAAUAUUUUUUUCUACGACUCAUUGAAGAUAUUUAAUCAUUUUAAAUUAUCCUCAACGAUUCGUGUGACAUUCUUCUGAGGCAUUAAACAUCGCGUAAUGAAAAUCAUCGAUGAAUCAAUAAUUGAAACCGGUUACGUGUUUCAUUUCAUUCGAUUCUUGAAAGCGUUUAUAGAUACAAGAUUGUGUUUCUGCUCGCGAGAGAUUGAAAUCUGGGCGUGGUUGUCUAUUUCUGUGGUCUUGGAAAAAGUGAAUGAAACUACGCUAAAGGCCGUAGUACACAAUAAAGCAAAUUAUUGUGCCCUUUCUAAAAAACAAUUGACGACUUUACGACUACAACAUGCAUCAAUUUCUACUUUUGAUGGUACACUAAAAAAUUUUUCCAGAUUAUGGGCAGAGAUAUCUGACAGUCAUGUAACCACGAUUUAAAAUACAUAGUCAGACAUUUUCUUGAUAUACCUUGAGUUGUUUGUAUUUACCUUUAUUGUAAAUAAAUGGCAUUAUGUAUUUAUAAAAUAAUGAAAAAACGAAACAAAGUGUAAUAUCACUUCCCCCACCGCACAAUUUAGACUCGUAGAAGGAAAGGAAGGAAAUUGACGCUUACUUAUGGUAUCACGACAGAUGCUUGAUUUAAAAAAAAAAUAACCAUUAUUACUAAAGUAUAUUAUUUAAAUUUAAAUUCAUCACAG